CUCCGUAGUCCAAACGUCAUCGUCGUGUUGGCAAUGCAAAACAUUUUCGGCUAGUCACUGCGUUGCUCUUGUAAAAUGUAUACAACAUUUUUUGGCCAGCCAAAUUGAAGUCGAGCAAAAUUAGAGAUAAUUUGCAAACGGGUUUUUUUUUUUGUAUAAAUUUACUGUGAGAUAAAUAAUUGAUUGGAAUAAAUUCAAUUUGUGCAAAACUCUAAUUGGCUUCAGCAGUGUUUGGUGCGAGUAUAAAAAUCGAUGCAUAAAAGCGUAAUUAAAAAAUAAUGUACAAACAACCAAGAAGAGUCAAUAUUUACUUAUACGAGUAUAAGCAGUCUCAGUGCUAAAUUCAACACGAGUUUCGAGUGUCUAAAUGAGCAAAUCCGUUUAAGGCAUUUGCAAUAUGAAAUAUUCAUAAAGGCAAUUGAAAAACGUGCAACUACGCAAGAGCGUACAUACAUACAUAUUUAUAUGAUAAGGAUGCCGAAAACCCAAUGGAAGUACACGUACAUAUGCGAACGAAAGCCUGAGUGAUGCCGAGCAGUGCGUGACUGUCGCCCAAAAAAAAAAACACCAGAUCCAAUAGAAAUAGAAGAAGAACCUACACCACCGUUAAACACGCCAAUGUCAACAGCGCGCCAACAAGUGCGCCAACACAGCCAGCAUGUCGUCAGCACGUCAUUAAAAACGCAACAUCAACAACCACAACAGCGACAACAGCCGACAACCGGAAACAGAGCUUAACAGCCCAAUAGCAACUGAGCGAUCAACCGGCAAUAAAUUUAAAUAAUGCAAGUAACUUUCUAAUGCAUUCAACGCUGUUUUGAGUGAGCCGAAAGCGUCGCAAAAACUGACAAAGCCACUUAAAUAAGUGACGUCGAACACACAUACGCGCACACACACAUUCACCAAGUUCACAAGCAAACCUCCAUCUCCUCCUCCUCCUAACCAUCUACACACACACACAGCCAUAUAUACAUAGCUACCUACGUAGAACUUAGAAUAUUCAGGCUAGUGAAAGAAUUGAGGGAAGAAAAAGUAAAAAAAAAUGUUCGAUACAAAAUGGUUGCCUGCCGCCUGUGGCAGUUUGGCGCCCGCUCUCAUACCGCCCGCACACAUACUGGUGUUGGCCUACUUUUGGGAGAAUUAUUCACGUUAUGUUGAUAAACAUUUUUGCACUUGCUCCUGCUGGGACACGAUAUUCAAGGGUCCCUACGAAUCGGGUAUUGCCUCGUAUAAGCAUCUCUACUUCAAUGCCACACAAAAUUCAUUCAAAAUGUGGCUGCUCACUGUAUUCGCUGUUAUUGCGCUUUAUGAAUGCAUUAAACAGUUGAUUGCGUUGAUAUUGCAACAACGGUGUCGCUACUCGAUGUUGUUGCUCUUCUCACUGUCGAUAUUUUCACACUACUAUGCCUGGUGGGCGUACAUAAAUUACUACAACGAUGACUAUUAUCAACAAUGGAACCAUCAGCUCUUCUUUACGGUAACGGAAUUGAUAUCUUCCCUACUGGUCAUGCACCUGGCCAACACCACCAACACUGUCACAUCGAAAAAAGUAUUUUGUAUUGUUGGCAUCGCCAUACUUCACAUCACCGCCAGUAGUUUUGAUCAAUUCUUCUUGAAUGUGGUGCGCGGCGAGGGGUAUGCGCAUCAAGUUGUGCGCGAUAUUGGUUUUAUGGUGCCCGACAUACUACAAUUAAUCAUACCAUUGUGGCUCUUCCGCAAGACGCGUAAGGAAUCAUACACAACGCGACCCUUCUAUCGAGACCGCAACCUGCACAAAGACAUUGUGGCGAUGUUAUUCUUCGUGUUGGCUCUUUUUGUACUCUGUACGAUUUUGUGAGAUAAAAUUUUCCAAUAUCUACAGAUGUUAAAUAGCGAAGAGGAAGCGCGUGCUACACGGCGUAUGAAUCUGAUGGCUCGAUUAUAUUCGAAUUUUUAAGGUAUGUAUGUUAAGUGCAAGUUUAAGCAACAACCAAGUGCCGGCUGGCUUGAGCGGGCAGUUGGGAGGCAAAUGGAGAACUGAGGUCUGCACUUGUGUGGUUGCACGAAUUUUGCUAAAACCGAACUGUUGGCGUGUAAGUUUAGUUUUAGUUAGUCUUAGCAAUAAAUACAAAGAAACUGUAAUAGAUGCGUACAUAUAUAUCAUAAUAUAUAUUAUAAAUAGAGUUGCAUAUACAUUAACAAGCAUAGGUCAGCGUAGUUCAAAGAACAAAGUUUUUGUUAUUUACCUCUCUCUCUCUCUCUCCCUCUCUCUAACCGUGUGAUAACUUUGUACGUCUCUUUAAUAAUCCUAGAUUCUAAAAACUGUAUUUAUUGUUAUUGUUUAAAUUUUUUUACAUUUAUUUUAUUUUGUAGUAAUGAAAACGAAUUGACUGACACAUAGGCAAACGCAUGUAUUUUGUCAAAUCUUAUUAUUCUCUUUUGAAACUGAGGCCUGUGUUUGAAAUGAGCCUAUAUACGAGCUGCAGAGUUGAAUAGAGUAGGUAAAAUGCCGAUGAUAAUGAUAUCAUUGGCCUCACAAACCGCGUCGUGGGUUUUGUUAUCUCCCGCUCACGUCACUGUUAACAGUCACAACUUUGAAGUCGUAGACCCGCAGUAGAAGGAAAAAUUACCUUUACGAGUGACGAGACAUUGAUGUACCUCAGUGAAUCAAGAGGCAGCGACUACGUAGAUGCGGCAACCGCCGGUGGAAGGAAGAUCUCCACUCCACUGGAAAGAUCAAUAUUUCCAAUUGACGGCAAACAAGAGGUUUACUUGGACGCUGCGUUGAAUAAGUAGCAGAAUGUGCCACUAAUCGGCGGGACAUAGCUUCGAGCCUAGUCCGAAUCCACAUCUAAAAAAUGUAGAAAAAGAUUUGUGCUCGGCACGAGUUGUCUGUACCUUCGAGUCGGGUUCUAAUAUAAAAACAUUAGAGCCAAAUUUUUGGCACACGCAAGCAGAAUAAAGUUAGUUUGGCGUUUGCUAAGCCCGCACUUUUGUUUAUUUCAUGUGAAAACACUUGCCAUCUGGUCUUCAUGUUACCUGCAGCUCUUUAUUCAAAGUGAGAGCAUCAAACAAAGUAAAAGGUGCUUUUUUAGACGUGCGGUUUUAAAGCAAAAGUAAAAUACAUAUAAAUUAACGUUAUGGCCAAGAAUUCAGCUUUAUUAUAAAGAUAAGUGCCGGCCAAUUUUCGCCCACUUUUUCUGCAAUUCGGACGAUUUGUCAGCAAUAACGCGCGGAAUAUUAUCUUGUUUUCUAUGGUGUCAAUCGCCUCGGGCUUAGCUGCGUAGACAUGUGACUUCACAUAACCGCAGAUAAAGUUUCCUUCAGUAAACUUUCCAACCAACCAAAAGUCUUCCACAUCAACUUUCUUCAAUUCAAGCACGAAAAUGUUAUUAAUCUUAGCUCUAUAGCGGUCCCCGUUAACUGUAGUAAUAUGGUCGGCUUCUCUUCACGCGCUUGACGGUCGUCCGGCUCCCACAAGACAAAUGUUACGCGAGGUUACGAAUGAACUCAUUCGGGUCUUAUUUGAAUGAAUUUGGUUUGAAACCGAUCUAUGGUUGCUCGAAUUAUCGAUUUUGCUUGAAUAUUGACUCGACGGAAUGUUAAGGCAAAGUGCGAUGCGUCGCACGAACCGAAUCUUCAUAUUGGUAAUAAAUUUUUACGAUUUUCAAAUGGUGCUACCGCGGAAAGUUAUUUUGAAAUGACAAGCCCAACUGAGUAUUAAUGAAGAAAUAACUGUCAAAAAGACACCAAGUCCGAGAACAGUAUUGCCUCCUUGAAAAAUCCACGUAUAAAAAUAUACCAAACAAUGGGAAGAUGUCUGUGCUCCCUUAAACUUAAACCCUCCUCAGAAGGUAAAUCUGUUGGCCGAAGGGAGCAGUGCAUGCUCAGAAGCAAUAAACUCGAUUCAACUAAGCUCACACAUUCAGCCAACUUCUUACGCACGAACUAUAAAAGAUUUAUCUUUGAUCCGAAGCCUCGGUGGAGGUUUGACUGUUGCUAUCUGAAACAAUUUUCGGCAGAGCUCGAUGGAUUUUUGUGUACAGCUUUUAUUUCAUAUCAGAAAUGCACUCGGAAGGCUGGCAUUCCCGACCGCAAUAACAAAAUGUGAUUUUCUAUAAUUUUGGAUACUUGGACACUUUAUCUCUUCUCUAAUGAAAUGCUUACGAAUAUAUCACCCAGAUAAACGGGACAAACACGACAUUUGUAAUGGCAAAGAAAUCGACUUUUAAAAUUCGUCUUUGAAUAUUCACUCAUACAUACAUGCUGAGCCGAGAGCCUGAGUUUGAAAUCAACAUUUAACUUCACUUAUGUAAAUAACCCCUCAUCAAAAAAUAUCCGAAAUUUAUUAUAGAAACCGUAACCAGAAGAAGACUGAGAUAUCUAGUAGUCCUUCAGCUGGAUUCAAGUUUGAUGUAAAUAACGUGAAAGAUUAUACAGAACAGUGAUUCACAAUGAGUAUGGGUGAAGUUAUUGUACUAGGUCGGUUGCACCGGGAUGAGUUCUCAUUUAUCGGUAAUUGUGAAAUCACUGCCCCGCGUCUGGGAUAUUUGACAAAAUAAAUGCGUUUCAAUAGUUGCAUAAAAUAAAUUAAAUAUUUGUCUUUUGCAAAAUAUUCAAACUACUUUAUUCAACUUCAAAACACGUUGUAGUGAAAACAAUAAAAUUGUAGAUCAUAAUUAAAUUGAAAUCAUUUCAACGGAAUUAUGUAUACCGUAGUUGAUAUUUAGAUCAUACAUAUGUAGCACAAACAAACAUAUUUACAAUUCUAAACAUACAUACAAAAUUAUUAUUUGCUAGUUUUAUUUUUCCUUCUGACUUCCUCUCAUUUUCCUUGCUGUGAUUCACACUUUUCCUUUUUAACGAAAUAUCUUUGUUAUAAUAUAAAUAUUAGUAUGAAACAAUAGCUCCGUAAAACGAACGAAACAGUAUUGAAAAUUCUCAGAAAAGAAAAUUACGUAAAUAAUCCACAACGUAUUUGUGCAAUAAAUAACCAAAGUGUUAGAUACAUAUAACAAUAAUAAAAGAAAAAUUAAUAAUAUCAUGAAAAACAUACCAUAUCUUUAUGCAAAUAUUCUAUAAAAUGUGUUUGAAUAAAAAGUAUCACGUUAAUUGAAUUUAAAAUGUUCGAACAAAAAAAAAUAACAUUCGAUAUUGACCUUAAAAAAAUUGAGAAUUGAACACAUAUCGACAACUACGUAAUUACACAUAAAUUAAUAUCGAUAUACAUAUGUACAUAUCUACGAGUAUGACCAAAAAAUAAUGAAAUGUAAAAACUUCUAAAUUUUGAUUUUAAAUUAACAUAGACUAAAAAACUUACCUUGUCUUUAAAAUUAAUUAAAAAUAAAGUAAAAUAAAACUGCAACAAAUUAUAUAAUAUUAAUAUAAAAAAAUAUUAAUAAUAAAAAUAAAAUGA